GGCUGGGGUGGCCCGCGCCCGCCGCGCGCAGACUCGCGGACGCUCGGACAGGCAUGGUCAGUGCGCCGGGAGCGGGGAGCGGGACCUCUCCGGCAUGUGGUCCGGGAGGUGAAUCCGGAGCCCACACCCCGCCAGGAAGAAGGCAGGGGCGGUGGAGCCGCCCUGUCUCUUUAAGACUGUGUUCCUGCUGACACCGACGACGGGUUCCUGGAGAGGGUGGUGAGAAAAGCGAGGCCAAGUGCCAAAGGGAAGAGGGCCCGCACCUGGCUUCUGCGUCCUAGGCACCUGGGAGGCACAGAUCUUCAUGAAUCUGAUACAGAGGCCUCCAUGGCUGUGAUAAGCCUGCUGUUCUUGGCAGUGAUGUAUAUUGUACACCACCCCCUGAUGGUCAGUGACCGGAUGGACCUGGACACACUUGCCAGGAGUCGGCAGAUGGAAAAGCGAAUGAGCGAGGAGAUGCGGCAGUUAGAGACAGAGUUUGAAGACAGAAAGCGAGCGGCCGAGCAGAAGCAGAGGGCAGAGAGCUUUUGGAGAGGAGAUACGUCCAGUGAUCAGUUAGUGCUGGGGAAGAAAACUGCGGGGUGGCCAUUCCAGGCCAAUGGCCAGGAGGGUCCUUGGGGCUGGCUGCUGGGGAACCUGUGGAAUGCUGGCCUCUUUUGCCUUUUUCUCAUCUUUGAGUUCCUGCGACAGAACAUGCAGCAUGAACCGGCCUUUGAGUCCAGCAGCGAUGAGGAGGAGGAAGUGCGUGUUGUGCCUGUCACUUCUUACAACUGGCUCACCGACUUCCCCUCCCAGGAUACCCUGGAAUCCUUUUACAAACACUAUAUCCAAAAUGCUAUCCGGGACCUGCCAUCCACCUGCGAGUUCGUGGAGAGCUUUGUGGAUGAUCUCAUUGAGGCCUGUCGGGCACUCAGCCGCCGGGAGGCUCACCCACAGUUGGAGGACUGCCUGGGCAUUGGGGCUGCCUUUGAGAAGUGGGGAACCCUCCAUGAAACCCAGAAAUUUGAUAUACUUGUGCCCAUCGUUCCCCCAGAGGGUACCAUGUUUGUCCUGGAGAUGAGGGAUCCGGCGCUUGGCCGUCGCUGUGGCUGUGUAUUGGUGGAAUCCGAAUGUGUGUGCAAGCGUGAGAAGCUCCUGGGAGACGUGCUGUGCCUUGUCCACCACCACAAGGAUCACUCAGUGGCCUUGGGAAAGUGUAGCAGUUCCAUCAAGGCAACUCUCUGCACCGGCAGGCACCUGGAUGUGUGCAAGACUGUGCAGUGGUUCCGGAACAUGGUGGGCAAUGCCUGGGCCCUGGUGGCCCAUAAGUAUGACUUUAAACUCAGUCUGCCACCGUCUACCACCUCCUGUAAGAUCAGGCUGGAUUACCGCUCAGGCCGCUUUCUGUCAAUCAGCUUGAUCUUGGGGGUGCAGCGGGAAGAUACCUUGGUCUACCUGGUGAGUCAAGCCUCUGAGCCGGAGCAGCUCACCAGUGUGGACUGGCCAGAGUCCUUUGCAGCCUGUGAGCACUUGUUCCUGAAGCUGGUAGGGCGCUUUGCCCCUGAGAACACCUGUCACCUCAAGUGCCUACAGAUUAUUUUGAGUCUCCAGGACCACCAGAGCUUGCCCCCUGGGGCAUCCCACCCCAUCCUAACCCCCUACCACUUCAAAACGGCACUCAUGCACCUGUUGCUGCGGCUGCCCCUGACAGACUGGCAGCAGAGCAUGCUUUCUCAGAGGCUGCAGGACCUCCUCUGGUUCUUGGGCCGUGGCCUCCAGCAAAGGUCCCUCAAUCAUUUCCUCAUUGGUAACAACUUCCUGCCCCUGACCAUCCCCAUCCCGAAAACGUUUCGGAAUGCUGAGCCUGUCAAUCUCUUCCAGCACCUGGUGCUGAACCCCAUGGCGCACAAGCAGGCGGUGGAAGAGUUCCACAACCUUCUGACCCAGGUGAAAACGCUGCCCUGUGCCCCAUUGGCUGGGGCACCUUAAUGUAAAGGCCAUUAAAGAAAAAAAAAACCCCACAAAAAUGGAAGAAGGUAUUUCUAAUUCCUCAGGCUGCCAAAGAGUUUAUCUUUCCACAUAUAUCACUGGUGUAUAUGUAUGUGACCUUCACCUUGCCAGUGGGGGCUGUGGAUAGAGUAAGGCACCCUCCGAGAAGUGCCUGAGUCCCUGAGGAUAGAUGCAGCCUGCAGGGUCUAAUCUAGGGGGGCUGAGGUCUUCUCCUGACUUAGCUUUCAUCAUGACCCAAAGAAGGUCCAGGGAACUGGAUGUUAUAGGAGGAUCUUGUAGCUAAGGAGCUGAGAUCCUGUGAAGUUGUGUUUCUAUAUCAACACUGGAAGCAAAAGAGAACCAGAGAAUACCUCCAUCCCAGCUUCCUCUUUUUGUGAAUGGUUCCCACACGUUCCUUGUGAAUUGGGUCCCUGUUGAACUGUUAGCUGGAUUUCCCUCCCAGGGGACUCCACCUUAUCCCAAAUACUGUGAUGGCAGCUUCUCAUACUUUGCGAUCUAAUUUUUCAGACCUUUGCUGUGUUGAAAAUAUAAUCAAAAUGUUUUUUUCCAUUUUCCUAA